AUGGACCCAUCACCGCCUAUAGCUCACGCGCAUCACGCCUCGACGGCUCUCGCCUCUGCCUCACCGGCCCGCGCGCGUUCGGUGCUGCACGCAUCUCGAGGGUCUAGGAACGGACUGGACCUGCUCGCCGGUCGUACUUCCACGACGUACUUCCCUGAUAUCUGCGAUAUCGACAUUUGCUGCUCCGAGCUUGGGUACUCGUUGUUGCAGCCUACGCCCGUAGCCGAUUCGCAUUCACAUCUGCCACCCGCUGCUGCGUCGCAUACCAAGAGGAAAGAGAUGCCUUAUACACCAGGGAAUCCGCAAAGAGGCUCGGAUUUGUUCACCGAGCUCUGCGUACAUUGCCACACAAUCGAAGCAGGCGCCCCACAUCCAUACGGCCCCAACCUCUCCGGCAUCUGGGGCCAACGGGCAGGCACAAUCCCCUCCUACGUCUACUCCCCCGCGAACGCCGCAGCCGGCACAGGAAAGAGACCCAUAACAUGGGACGAGCAAACGAUGUACGAGUACCUCCGCGCGCCGAAGAAGUAUAUACCCGGGACGAAGAAACCGUUCGAGGGCGUGCCGAACGAGCAGGACCGGUGUGCGCUCGUCGCGUAUUUGAAACAGGCGACGACGCCGCCGAAGGAGCCGGAGAAGCCGCGGAAUGUGUGCUUCAUACAGUGA